ACCUAAGUAGUUAAAAGGAGGGUUUGAAAAAAAAUGUCUGAUUCGCGUUAGGGCGAGGGCAUUACGUGCUUAGUGGAUGGUAUACCAUUAAUUCGCUGGGUUAAAUCUCGAAUUAUCUUGAACCAUUUGCCGAUUUUCUUAUCUAGUUUGAUCUAGUGAUUCCAGGGGAUUCAUACUGUGUAUUUUUGUGCCGCGCCUCAUCGUUUAAGCGUGAUUUUAGGGUAGGAAGCCAUUGUUCAUCCGUCUUUGUUCGCCGUGCGCCGUCUGGAUAGUGUCUACGUAUAUUCUACAGCGAAUGCAUCAUUAUCGCAUGUAUCGAGCAGACUGCUGGAUCACGCACACCGGUAAGAAAGAGAGCUUUCCAAUGGUACAUACAUGGAACACUUAAGGUAUUGUUAACUGCACGGCAUGCACGGUAUCUCUGGUAUCUUUUUGCCAGGGUUCCUGCGUUGCUUGUGUAGUACCUGUACUACAUCACACAUUCUCUAAUACACCAUGCCAGCAUUAGGCUUUAACGUAAAAUAUUUUUGUGAGAAUUUACGUGCAACCAAACCACCCUACGAGUGCCCUGUGAAAGAUUGUGGCAAAAUAUACCGAAGCCAUUCUGGAAUUGAGUUUCACCUGAAUAACUUUGACCAUGAGAAACCUGGGGGCAAUGGAUACUCUUCACCCAUGAAGCGAGGUAGUUGGCGGAAAGGACGGGUAACCAAUCGGCAGAACCGGCGGUCCCCGUCUCCCUCUGUGAUCCGAUCCCCAACCCGAGAAGCCCUGACAUACGCUCAGGCGCAGCGACUAGUUGAAGUAGACAUUGAUGGUCUUGUACACAGGCUGGAUAUCCAUGAGACCAUUGACAUCCUCACUGAGGAUGAGUUCGAAAGUGAGACGAGUGAAGAAGAAAAGAAUGAGAAGCCUCUCAGCAAGGCUGGGAAGGUUUUGGACCAGACCAAACAAAGGAAAGAUAUUGGAGGCACCUCUUCUAUGAAACUUCCUGAAGCCUCUUACAAAAUUCUGGAUGGGUACGAAGAGCCUCCAGAUGCACCAGACCGUCCACAGGCAUACUUCAGAUACAUUGAGAAGUCACGGGAGGAACUGGACGAAGAGAUUGAGUAUGACAUGGAUGAAGAGGAUUACGCAUGGCUUGACAUGAUGAAUGACAAACGCAAGACUGAUGGGCUCACUACUGUCUCCCAAGAGAUCUUUGAGACCCUCAUGGAUCGACUGGAGAAGGAGUCAUACUUCCAAAGUCAGACAUCCGGUAAGACAGACAACAAUCAGUUCAUCGAUGAAGAUGCAGUUUGCUGCAUCUGCAAUGAUGGGGAGUGCCAGAACAGCAACGUUAUAUUAUUCUGUGAUAUGUGCAACCUAGCUGUGCAUCAGGAGUGUUAUGGCGUGCCAUACAUUCCUGAGGGACAGUGGCUGUGCCGUCGUUGUCUGCAGUCUCCAUCUCGAGCAGUAGAUUGUGCGCUGUGCCCCAAUAAGGGUGCCGCAUUCAAACAAACUGACGAUGGACGCUGGGCCCAUGUUGUGUGUGCUCUCUGGAUCCCUGAGGUGGGUUUUGCCAACACAGUAUUCUUAGAACCCAUAGACAGCAUAGACCAUAUACCAGCAGCCAGAUGGAAGCUCACAUGUUACAUCUGCAAACAGCGUGGAGUCGGCGCCUGCAUUCAGUGCCAUAAAGCAAACUGCUACACAGCUUUCCAUGUGACCUGUGCUCAGCAGGCAGGACUUUUCAUGAAAAUGGAGCCCAUCCGAGAAACCAGCAUUAACGGCACUUCUAUUAGCAUUAGAAAGACUGCCUAUUGUGACAUCCACACACCACCAGAGGUUGAGAAGAAGCCCAACUUAAAUGACAAGAUUAUAGAGAAUGAUGAAGCUGGGAAGGGACUUUCUGCCAAGAAAGCCAAGGCCCAGUCAAGAAAGAACAUGAGAAAAGCAAGGAAGAUUCUAGCUGAAAAAAGGGCUGCUAUGCCGGUUGUGUCAAUGCCAUGUAUCCCACCACAGAGGAUUUCCAAGAUAACAACCAAAGUCAGUUUGCAGAAGAAGCAGCAAUUUGUGCAGCGUUUGAUCGGUUAUUGGACUCUGAAGCGUCAGUCUCGGAAUGGAGUGCCCCUCCUGCGACGUCUGCAGGCCCACCAUCACUCCCAACGCAACAAAGACUCGGUACCACUGGAGAACCAGAAAGCCAACAAGUUGAAAGAGCAGCUCAAAUACUGGCAACGACUCCGGCAUGACCUUGAAAGAGCCAGACUUCUUGUCGAGCUCAUUAGAAAACGAGAGAAGCUCAAACGUGAACAGAUCAAGUUAAAUCAGAUGACUAUUGAGAUGCAGUUGCAGCCUUUCAACAUCCUUCUCAGGAAUACACUGGACCAACUUGUUGAGCGAGAUCCCACCAGGAUCUUUGCAGAACCUGUCUCAGUGGAAGAGGCUCCUGAUUAUUUUCAAGUGAUUAAACAUCCCAUGGACUUUUCGACAAUGAGGGCAAAGGUUGCAGGUCACGAGUACAGGACCAUCGAUGAGUUUGAAAAAGAUUUUGACCUCGUCAUCAAGAACUGCAUGACUUACAACAGCAAGGAUACAGUAUUCUACCGGGCAGCUGUCAAACUCAGAGACACGGGUGGAGCUGUCAUCCGUAAUGCCAAGCGUAUUGUUGAAAAGAUUGGCUAUGAUCCAGCGACAGGUUUCCAUGCUGAAAAUGCCCCUCUCUACAAGGAAACAGAACUCAAGUUGGAUGAUUUUGAUAUCGCCCUGUCACCAGCCCACCGUGCAGACAUGAGCCUGGAGGAGCAACUUCGUGAACUCUUGGAGAAACUCGACAUGACUUGCACCAUCAAGCAUGGUGCGGCAAGGACCAAGCGUGCCAAGCAGCUACGUAAAGAGAUCAAUGUUAUUCGGCGGAAGCUGGCACAACAAAGGAACCAAGCCAACAAGGCGGUAUCACCAGCAAAGAAGGCUGGAGAAAAGAAGCAACGAUUAUCAUCCACAGAGGGGUCAUCAAAUGAUGAAGGAAGUGACGGCCCACCACCAAAUGACUCAGCAGAACCACCCAAACUUUCCCCUUCCAGACCUGCUCAAAUAGUAGGUAGGAGCAAGUCCUCCCCUUCUAGGACAUCAGUGAUCCGCCCUUUACCAAGGUCUCCAGGAAGGGGGCGUGGGCGAGGCAGGCAGAGGGUGUCUCGCUCCAUGUCUGAGCCUCACCCAAGGAGCGGUGACUGUGCUCCCACACUCUCACCUAAUGAGGCAUCUGAGACUGCAGUCACACCCAACAAGAGUCCAUCCCAUUCCUCUGACAAGAGCCCCUCCCCAGGCGGAGUUGGCAGAAGAACUUCAAUACUGUUUCGGAAAGCAGGGCGUGGGAAGCCUGCUGGAAGUCCUGGAUCCAGAAGAGGUGGUCGCCUGGGGAAACGAUCACUGUCCAUGGACAUAGAGAAUAUAACAAGAGACAAUCGUCGAGGGAUCCAAGAAGGAAGCCUUCACAUAGAGACUGAGUAUGAGGGAAACCUACCUACCACAUCUUCUGUUGUCAAUGAGAACCAUACCAGAAAGAGAUCCCGAAGCCUGAGUGCAAGCAAUGCUGAUUGCAGCCCAGCAAAACGAUUGUUGGAGUCCAGUGUGUCAAGCAACCUACCCAAUGGUUUUGAAGGUGUCAAGCCAACAGGGGACAGCUUCACUACGUAUCGUUCUGGACAUAACCGCACCCGAAGCAGCUCAGAUUCAGAAAGUACAUCCAGCACCAGCUCUACCAGCUCUGGCUCAAUCUCUGAGUCAACUUCAACCAUGGAAGAAGGCCACCGUCAUCGAAGACCUCAUGGUCGACUUAAUCUCCCUGAAGACAGCAGUGGUGAUACAUCCUGUGGCGAGAGCACCAGUACCACCAGCAGACAUCGUCAUCAUGGUGCGGGUCCUUACUUGAGAGAAAAACGAGGUAAGACAAGGAGCACAAGUUGGAACUCAGACGAAGAUGACAUUCCCCUCAGCCCAUUAGACCUGGUAUGGGCAAAGUGCCGCGGCUACCCAUCCUAUCCAGCCCUGAUAAUCAACCCCAAGAUGCCCAGGUCUGGCUUCUGCCAUAAUGGUGUCCCCAUCCCUGUACCUCCCAUGGAAGUCUUAAACCAACGAGCUGUCAUUGAUGAACAUCUGUACCUGGUACUCUUCUUUGAUAACAAGAGAACAUGGCAAUGGCUUCCGAGAUCCAAGCUUGAACCGCUGGGGGUAGACUCAGGCCUGGACCAAGUCAAACUCUUGGAGGGACGCAAGUCAGCUGUGCGCAAGUCAGUACAGCAAGCUUAUGAUCGGGCAUUGAAGCACCGUUGUAAGGUCACAGGAGAAGUAAUGGAGGUGUCCACAAGUGAAUCCAGUGAUGGCAUAGGUGACAGGCCCUAAUAAAGUCCCUGUCAAGUGUUCCCCCAUUUUCACUGUAACUUUUUCCAGGAAACUGCCUCAACUUAAUAAGUGUUGCUUUAUCUUUUCAUGGGGGUUCAAAAAUUUACAGAUCUCUACUGGUUUUUGUAUGGUUGUAUAAUCUGAAAGUCUUUUCAUGUGAUUUGGUAACUUGACGCCUGGCAAGGUUUUUAUCACACUUGAUAACAUGGAUUUCAAAAUCCAGAUACAUCAAAAGAAAAAAAGUGAAAAAACAGGGUCAUUUGUUGUAGCUUUAUAGAGCAUUUUCUUUCUACCCUCUUCCAAAAGUGGAGAAUUAUUAAAUUCUGUUCGUAGUGUGUUCUGUCUUUCCCAGUGUCCCAAAGAAAGCAUUGUAAUUGAUCCUGGUAAAUGUGCACAGUUUAUCAUUUUGAAGGUUUGAAUUUUUAAUGAAGUUAACAAAGAUUUUGUUCAUUUUUCACAAAGAUUAUAGAAGGUAGCCCUUGCUCUGUAUUAAGGUCGAAAUGCACAAUAAAAGAAGACUAGGAAAUGUGUUGUGAGGGAGAAACCUGUGUGUCCUGUUGAAAUGCUGAAACCUGAAUGUUUCAGAAACAGAUUCGGAGGCCAUCACAGAAAUUAAUUAAUACAUAUAUGGACAAGGUGCUUCAUGCAGGAAAUUAUCUCAAAUUCAACGUAUGUAUGUAAAUAAUUUCCGAAAAAAAUAAAGAAAUAUUGAUUAGAUUUUUUUCUUUGAUCUGAAACUAUGGAAAAUUUUCUGUGUGUUUAUUUGUAGGUUAGCUGUAAAUUAGAGUGAUUACAAUCAUUCAUUUAUAUCAAAAUCAGUGGUUGCUUUUUUUUUAUUUUCAUGUAUAUUGGGUUUAUUUUCGAUGUUGAAUUGUGGCCAAAUGGCUCCAAUACUAAACAGGUGUUUUUGAUAUUGUCAGGAAUUGUAGUGUCCUUUCUCAGAUAUAGAUAAAAGUCAAAACCUGUUCACUUACAUUUCAACUUCAGUGAUGGAUUAAAACUUAAGCAGAAUGUCUGAUUCUUCCUGUUGAAAUUUCUUUUGUAAUGCUAUAUAAAUCUCUGUUAUGAGUUUGUAAUGAAAAUAUGACUCUCAUUACUUAGCUCAGCUGAUCAGCCCUCAUCGCCAGCCUUUCAGCUUUUUGAAGGGAAUAUGCCCGCAUUCAUCUUCAAACUCAUCUCAAAGCAGAGAACAAAUCACAAGAAUUGAUGAAAUGCUUAGAGCUGAAAAUCUGUGAGAUGAACACAGUGUCCUGUAAAAUUUGUUGAGAUGAUUUAAUUACUACAUUUUCAGUGUCAAAUUUAAUGAUAUAUCGUUAAUACAUUAUUAAAGUCUUGUUACAACUUUCAUGUUCUUGUUUGAACUGUCUGAAUUCUGGUAGCUGGAUGAUAUAUUUCCUCACCUUUUAUUGGAUGAAUUGCUCCAAGCAGGCCUAUAAAUUAGAAAUCCAGUUAAAUUAGAUGGAAUGACUUAAAACACAAACUUAGUUCAUUUCCACCAAUUAUUUCACAGUGUCCAUACGUGUACAGACGCAAGUCUCAAAUUGUACAGAACCCACAGAGGAAUAAAAUAUUUGCCAAGUUUUCCAGAAAAAGCUUUAAAACUCUAGAAAGGCAAAUAAUUGUAAAGUUAACGAAAUUUCAAAUACUUUCUCUGUAUGGUCUGUCACUAGACAUAAUUAUAAAAGCUGUAGGUUGGUGAAUUAAUGUAACAGACUUUAAACACAGGCCAAAGAAUAUGAGCAAGGUGUAUACAGUGUGUACGUGUAUAUAACACUAUUAAGUCCAGUUGUAUCAUACUUUCUAUGCGUAGUUAUCUCUUAGUUCAGGUCUAAAUAGGGCAGCAACCAUAUGUGCUGUUUCCUACACAGACAAGUUGGAAGUUGCCCUUUAAUUUUGAAUAAAGUUUUGCUUAUGUUCAUUGUGAAGGAUAAAAAAGGACACGGUGCCAUUGA